GUGACGCUGAUCAAGGCCCAGGAGCCCCGGGCGGCACGGGGCUGGCACUGAGAGCUCGGUCCAUCUGCAGGGGUCGGCAGCGUGCGCUCCAGCUUUUUCCGGGCUGGGGUGCGCGGCCGAAAAGGCGUGGAGGGCGCGGCUCCGGGCCGGCCGGGAGACGUCCCAGCACCGAUGACGUCCCCGGAGCCCGCGUGCCGUCACAAUGCCGACGCCGGGCCCUCCCCGAGGGCAGCUGGCCGCCGGCUUCAGGCGCCCCAUUCGUGAGCUGCGCUGCCCGCAGCCGCUCGCCGUGCCCCGUGCCCGAGAGCAGCCCCAGCAGCAGACUAGCUCAGCCUCGUCGCGCUCGUCCUCCAAGGCUCACAGAGGUUUGGAGGCACGCGCCUGCCAGCAUGGACGGAGCCUGGGUGGGGACGUGGAGACCGCAUCGCCCGCGCGGCCUCAUCUCGGCCCAGUUCCCCAGCCCCGGGCCCCAGUACUCCAUCCCGGGGACAACAGGUUUCGUGGGCCACAGCCCCACCAAAGCCCGUGCCCCCGCGUACACGUUUCGCGGGACCAAGCCGCCUGCGGCCGAGAGCUGCGGGCCAGGUCCCUGCUACUUUGUGCAGCCCGCCGUCACCAGGAACGGGAAGCACGUGGCUCCGAGCGCCCACCUUUGUGGACGCCCCACGACGAAGACCACCGUCACCCCCGGACCCAGUGACUACCGCACCGAGGCAGCCAACAGGCACAUCUUCAAGUGCCCACCGGUGCAGUCCAUGGCCUUCCGGCGGGAGCCCCUGCGCACAGACCGCCCUCCAG